GAUUUUGAUAGAUACAGCGAUAGAGGCCCACGCGAUGGAGGUAGUAGGCAAGGUAACGAUAGAUGGGACUCUAGAAGUAAUAGGGGCAAUUACGGCCAGUUCAACGACGACACAGGUGGAAAUCGUGAUUGGGCGCGAAGUACGUCCAGCAGGUCGUACACUAAUAAACCUCCACUUCGGGGAACCGGUCCUGGUUUAGACCGGAAACCCUUCCCGGAUGAUUUUCCGAAAGAUGCCCCUCCUCCAGACACUUCUGGAAGAAAACGUUUGCAGCUCAAACCAAGGACUGUUAACGAGCCUGUGAAUGCAAUUGCAGAAUCGAGUAAAACAAGUUCCAUUUACGGAGGUGCAAAGCCUCGAGAAGAAAAAUUGAAGACGGAGGAGAAGUAAAACUAACGAUAUCAUCAAUAAUCUCAGAUUUCCCCGAGGAAAUUGGAGAAAGAAACAUUGUUGACAAAAUUUUAAAAUCAA